AUGACGUCGACUUCUCCUCCGUUUCCACUAUUCCGUUUACCCUAUUUGCCUCUUGAUAAAGUGCUUCGCAGUUUUGAAUGUGGAGAUUUAAUCGAGUUUUCAACUUGUUCGAAACGAUGCAAACAAAUAGUAAAAUCAACUAGAAACGAAUUCACUGGUAUCAAAAUUCAAAUCAUGCGCAACUUUUUUUCACUUAUGGUGGAUAGCAAUAAUGGGCUUGAAUCAAUGUGGAUGUCUAGCGAAAACGACUUCGAUGAAAAUGUCCGUUAUUUUAUGUUAAGUGGAGAAAACAUAAAAAUACAAGGCGUCAACAGUCUCUUCCAUGUCUUCUAUCCCCCACAGAGCCGGAAGCUCAUCUUCACAUCCCUGGUAGAUCACAUAGUGGAGAUUCUUCAAAUUCCCAUAAUUUCUGUGGACUUCACCACCGACCAAUUCGAUCGCUUUCUCCAAUUUGUCCCUUCUGUCUCGAACAGCAGACGGAUAAGUUUUUACGGGGACACUGCAAUGUCACGGGGAGAUCGGGAAUUCGUGAGAAACAUUGUAAAUCCUGAUUGUGAAUUGACAUUCUGGCCUCCAAUUUGA